UCGGUUUGGCUAUGGCUAGAGGUGUGAAGGGCAAGUUCAUGAUUUGACCUCGGUUAUUUGAGUUCUCAGUUGUCUUGAAAGCACCAAAAGAGUCACCGGCAAGGACGUCAGAGGACCACUUGACAGGAUCUGCGCAGCAACUGCGCAGUUUUUAUGUUCGACAACGUGCGUGGUCGCUUCCACUGUUUUCCAGCGGAUCGUCGCUAGCCUUGUCAGGCUGCGGAGGCUGUGUGCAAAAUCAAGGGACUGGAUUGACUACCCAUGUCGUUGUCCCGUUUGGUUUUGAAGUCGGCUUAAUGCUGUUUUGUUAUAGUAUUUCGUCUGUUAACUAUCAGGAGAAGUGAUCUGUCGACACAGAAUCUGGGGUCAUAAUGUCCCAGGUGAUGUAAGCCUUCUGUCUGCCUCUGAAGCCAAACAUGAGUGAGGUGCAGGCCACGGUGGAGUUCUCUGUUGAGCUCCACAAGUUCUACAAUGUGGACCUGUUCCAAAGAGGGUUCUACCAGAUCCGUGCCAGUAUGAAAGUGCCAUCACGAGUCCCUCACAAAGUAGAGGCCAGUCUACUCCACCCACCAGGUUCUGAUCUGGCCUUCCCUGCAGCUGUGGUCGAUGACGUCAUCUGCAGCAAGACCUUCCAGAUCCUCUAUAACGAGGAGGUGGUUGUCAAUGAUGUGCUGGUGUUCAAAAUCAUGAUGCUGCUGGAUGAGAAGAAGGUAGAAGAAUCCCUCAAUGACAUGGACUUCCAGCUCUCUCUGGAGUUAUACUUCACAGAUGGAGACUUCUCGCCCGAGGAGCUCAGCUCCCUGCAGAACAUCAGCAGUCGUUCGCUCCGCUUGCACUUUAGCCUGAACCGAGGCAUCCACCAACACAUCAAUAUCAUGUUCGACUACUUCCACCUGUCUGUCGUCUCUAUGGCCGUCCACGCAUCCCUGGUUGCCCUGCACCAACCCCUCAUCAGUUUUCCCCGGCUAGUGAAGAGUACAUGGCUGAAUCGCACCGCCCCCCAGCAGAGUAAAGACUCUGUCAUCCCAGCCCUGGAGAAUGUGGUGUUUGGAACCAGCUAUGUCAAACAGCUGUCUGCUGAUGGCAGAACAUUCCUGGUGUCAGACCAAUGUCUGCAGCAUGCAUUCAGUCUUCACCACAGUCUCUGUGCCAGCCUACUGCUGGCCUACCAGGGCCUGUUUGGUUACUUCACCUCCGUCAGCAAGGACCUGCCCUCCUCACACCGCAUGGAGCUAGCCAAGCCCAGCAUGCAAGUCCUUUAUGAGAGAGUACUCAGAAGACCCUUCCCUCCAGACCAAAGGCACGUCUUUAUAGAGGAACUAGACGUUGAGAACCGUCUCACUGAGCUCUGUGAUCAAGUCAAGCAGAGAGCGGAGAGCCCGGACGAGCUGGCAGAGCUGGUCAAUAUGAACCUGGCCCAGCUGUGUUCCCUCCUCAUGGCCCUGUGGGGUCAGUUCCUGGAGGUGGUCUCACUGCAGGAGAAUGUUGCUGCCCUGCUGGCUGUGGAGCAUCACACACUCAGAGUGCGGAGAUUUGCAGAGGCCUUCUUUUGUCUGGAACACCCGAGACAAACGGCACUGGCCUAUCAGGAACUACAUGCUCACAGCCACCAGCAGAUGACCACAGCCAUCAAGAGUUCCUCCUACUUCCUGUCUCUACCACCACUUCCUGUUGCAUGUGCCGACCUGGACGGGGACGUCAGUUCCCUGCCAAUCAUCUUCGAGGACAGAUACCUGGACUCUAUCACGGAAGAUCGGGACGGGCCGUGGCUGGGCAUACAUAACCCCCGGAGUGGCUCCACUUCCUCCGGUAACUCUAAGGCCUCAUCCUCUUCCACUGCAGCUGCCGCAGCAUCCUUCCCCAGCCCCAUCCUGGAGCCUCGGCCCCCAACCAUGAUGGACACUACCUGGCCCGAUGACUGCCCAGACCUGCCCAAGUCCAAAGGCAAGUCGGUGAAACUGAAGAAGAACGCCAAGACGGAGAGGGAGAACGCCAAGAAGCUCAUCAGACAGGGAUCCAAGGACUCUGUGGUUCUGGUGGCUUAUAAGAACCUGGGGAAGGCCGCUAACUCGGCUAACCCUUCACAGCUAACACAUGGAGAAACUGACCAUGACAGAGAGACCCAGGGACAGGGAGAGGCUGGCCUGAAGCAGAGGGAGGAGAGGGAGCAGGGGGAGAGGAAUGCCUUGCUGGGGGUGACUGGGGGAGACUCCAACACUGACCUAAGGACUAGGAUCUCCAAAUAUUUUCCUGAGCCUGGUGCUACCACCGCCGCUGGACAGGCAAAUGCUGUUCUUAAUUUUGACUCUCUCCUUGAGGAUGACGUCCUAGUAGCUAGUGGCGUGGCUAGUCAGAAAGGUUACUUCACAGCCUUAGUGAGCUUGGACACACAGAACAAGCCGGCCCAGGCUGGUCCUGGAGCUGUAGCCGGAUUAGCCACCACAGAUAAUAACCAAGUAAUUAACAAAAAUGCUGCCGUUGACCACUGCAGCCAGCAGCUGCCCGAUCACUACACGCCUGGUUCUACCGCCACUGGACUCAGGCACAUUGAGGUCCAACCCUGUGACAAGGACCCGUACCAAGGAGACACAGUGACCGUUCUCCUGCCCUGUCGGACGGAUGGGGAUGGGACCUCCAAAAGAGAGAUCCCAGAAAUCACCCAGACAGACCUGUGUAUGUCCGACUCUAAACACCUUGCUAUGAGAGACUGGAGUUCUGAGGUGUCUGACAGGCCUCGGGGUAGAGGGGUAAUGACUGAGGUUAGUCAGAGGCCAGGCCUGGUGCUUCUACAGCAGGUGAAAGGUGAUUGUAUCAGGCUGCCACCAGACGGAGGUGCUGCUGUCCCCAGUGCCUCCUCCCGCCUCUCCGACUCUGGUAUCGAGAGCGAGCCCAGUUCCUUCGCUAUCCAGCUGGCUACCCAGGGUGGGGCCGUAGGGCUGGCUGGGGCCCCUGAGACUGAGUUGGGCCCCCAGCAGGCCGAACGGCCCCUACUCAGCCCUGCUCCCCGGCCCGUCCAGCCCACCUCUGUCCAUAAGGGCAGCAUGUGGACUAGAGAGGGCCUCAACCCGGAGAGCACAGUCAGCGGCGUCCAGUCUUCCCUCACCUCCAUCAACUCGCUGCCCUCGGAUGACGAGGGGGAGGGGGGUACGUCUGUGUCCAGGGGCUCCAGCAGUGUAGGAGGAGAGGAGGCCGAGGGGCCACCCGGCCCAGGGGGAAUGAGGAAGUCCAGUGUUCUGGUACAGGAGCAACAGAGCCUGGUGUUCUCUGGAGAACCACCACCAUCUGUCCCAACACGCUGCUCCGUACCCAGCCAAACGCACCCCGACGCUGGGUUGGGCCUCAACACCACUGCUAGUGGGGGUUCUGCAUCUCAAUAUCUGCCUCCUAGGACUUUUUCCUCAACCUCUGAGUCAACACUUAACACUGAUCCCAGGUUGUUAACAGGUUCCUCUGAGGGGGCCGUAGGGGGUCCAGGUGCCCCCCGUAGUGAGCCCCAGACAGCCUCCUACCCCUCCUCUAACUCCACCGCCAGCAGCAGUGACCUGGUCAAGAAGGGACUGGUAGAAAACUACUUUGGCUCGCGCUCCAGCACAGACGUCUCAGAGAUCAGCCCUGUAGAGACAUCAGCUAUCACCCUGGGGAUACUGUCUGGAGCGGGGCCGGGGCCGCCUGUAGAGGAAGACGAGGAAGAGGACAACGAGAUGAUAGAGAACGGCUUCUACGAGGAAGGAGACGGCUUGGCGUUCGUGAACGGUGUUGUUGACGAGGAGGAGGAGGAUGAAGGAGAUGGAGGGGCAGUAGGAAGGAGUCUGAUGUUUGAACAGUUGGGACUGGACCAUGUUCAGGAGCCCAGGGGUCUUCCUCCAGGCUAUGGUGCCCCUGUCCGCUCCCCCCUGGCUCCCAGCUCAGUGGGCUCUUCCCAGGGGAGAAUUCUAGUCCCUACCCCUUCCACCUCCCUCACCUCCAACAGCCUGCGCUGGUAUGACAGCGCCCCCACACCACAGAUGAAAGCUUUUGUUGCGGCCAAAGAGGAGUUGAAGCAGCUGAGACUACCAGGGUUCCUGUACAGUGAGGUGGGAGACCUGGCCUCCAGUGUCCCCUACUUUAGCCUGGAGGAGGAUGACAACUGUGACGAGGGCAUCCACCUCAUCGUCUGUGUCCACGGCCUCGAUGGUAACAGUGCUGACCUGCGUCUGGUGAAGACCUACCUGGAGCUGGGCCUACCUGGAGCUAGGAUAGACUUCCUCAUGUCCGAACGCAACCAGAAUGACACGUUUGCUGACUUUGAGCAGAUGACAGACCGGCUGUUGGAUGAAAUAGUUCAGUACAUUCAGAUCUACAACCUCACAGUCUCUAAGAUCAGCUUUGUAGGCCACUCCCUGGGGAACCUGAUAGUUCGUUCAGUACUUACCAGACCCAGAUUUAAAUGUUACCUGAGCAGACUUCACACCUUCCUCUCUCUGUCUGGACCUCACCUGGGUACCCUGUACAACAGCUCUGCUCUGGUCAACACAGGCCUGUGGUUCAUGCAGAAGUGGAAGAAGUCUGGCUCGCUGCUCCAGCUGACCUGCAGAGACCACUCUGAUCCCAGACAGACCUUCCUCUACAAGCUUAGCAAGAAAUCUGGUCUUCAUCACUUCAGGAACGUGGUGUUAGUGGGCUCUCUGCAGGAUCGUUACGUCCCAUAUCACUCAGCCAGGAUAGAGAUGUGUAAGACAGCCCUGAAGGACAAACAAACAGGUUCAGUAUAUGUAGAGAUGAUAGAGAACCUGUUGCUGCCGGUGCUCCAGAACAGAGACUGUAACCUGGUGCGUUACGAUGUCAUCCAUGCUCUGCCCAACACCGCCAACUCCCUGAUUGGCCGAGCAGCACACAUCGCCGUCCUCGACUCGGAAAUCUUUCUGGAGAAGUUCUUCCUGGUCGCAGGCCUGAAGUUCUUUCAGUAGGAGAGGAGGGGUCUAUGAAUCCAACUAAUGGCUGGAAGGGGGGGAUGGGAUGGGGGCUUUACCAAUCUAACCAAUGGCUGGAGCGGAGGGACGUUUUUUCAGUAGGAAGUAGGAGUGGCCACCCAAUCAAAUCAAUGACUGGAGGAGGGAGAAUGGGGUCCUCCCAAUCAAUAACCUGGUCCCAUAUCUGUUUUGACCGUUUUGGUCAACUCCUAUAGUCAUUGACAUGCCCAAAAAAAUGUAUGCAUUGUAUCCUGUGGAGGUCAACGGGUGGAAGGAGUUUACACAUUUAAGACCAUGUCAGUGAUGCUGAAGUGAGAUCUCUGCCCAUCUCCAUCCAAUGACCAUAGAAGUUGGCAAGACUGCACAAACUGAUCUGGGACCAGGCUAGCAAAUAAAACCUGUGGCUGGAGGGAGAGGGGAAGAGAGGAGAACGUGGAGCAUACAUAGAAUAUAAUUACUAGACCAUCAAUCUAGUGAUGCUAUUUCUAUCAUGUGUAGCUUAUAUUACCUCACUGCAUCCAAACCCCAAUUCUCAAUAUUGUAUCUGGUUGAGGCGUACGGUUUUAUAGAUGCAUCUGCUUCCAUAUGGAAGAUCAGAAUUCUAAUAUCAGUGUUUAUUUUUAGUUUUUAAAGUUUUUUUUAUCGGUUUGUUAGCGAAUGUUCCUCAUUUUUAUUGUUCUACUUCUAUUAUUCAAAGGAUGAUUUCAAGUUGAUUUUAUGAAUGUACUUGUGGUGGGGGGAUGGUUUUCCUUCUCAUAUUGUAAUCUUUUCAGUGUUAUUUAUCUAUGAAAUGGUUAUAUUUUCACAUGGGUUUGUUCAAACCAUUCAUUCAUUUAUUAAGACGUUUGCAAUACCGAUCUGGAAAUGUAGCUGCUAAAAAUGGUGAGCUGACUCAUCUUCUCAUAUUGUCGUCACCUUUUAUUUAAAAGGUGCAUUUUCUUCAACAACAACAAAUUAGUCGUAAAGUCAAACUAUUAUACUCUUGCAUUAAUUUGCACCACAACUGUAUAAAAAAAACAGAUUUUCUACUGAGGAUGGUCAUUUUUACUAAGUACAUAUUUUACUAUCAGAAUUUUAAUUUGUGUUAUUUUUUCAUUUUACAAAGGUAAAGGCUUCCAGUCUAGUCGAACUAACUUAACGGAAUCAAUUUGAUUGUAACUUGGACAAUGCAGCCUGGGACUUAUAAGGCUUUGCGGUUUUCUAUAGCUCUGGACCAGGGCGUUCGGUGCAGGUUGUUGGCGCUGAGCCUUCCUGAACAGGGGAAGAGACAACUCGUUGCGCAAUGGACCAGAGCUAGGUUUUAUACUGUAUGCUGUUACUUUGCCAUUACAGCAUCGUGCACAACACUAAACCCAACCUGGUGUUGGGAACAUUAUACGAGCCUUGCUUGAUUAAAGCAUGAGAACAUUUUAUUACAAGAGGUUUUAAAUAAACUCGUUCAACUGUUAUAGCCAGAAGGGUCGUGUUCAUUAGGGCUCACCGUAGCAAAACGUUUUCUAACAGAAAGCAAAGAAAGCCUUGCUUAUUGGACAAGUUCAUGUAGGGAAGAACCCUGUUUGAUUCUGUUUUCUUCCGCCUGGUGCCAAAUGAAUACGACCCAGAUGUAAAGGUGGGGUGUAGCUAAGGGUCAGUACUUAUGAAUAGCACAUAUCUUGGUUCAUGGAGAGUAUUUAUGUUUUGCUGUCAUAGAUGGGUGGGUGUAUUAUUUAUGCUUUUUAACAUGCGUAUUGUUUUUAGAUAUAAAAUCUACUUCUCAUUUCUUUGUGAAAAUGGUUUGUAUCAUUGCACUCUUUACCAUUAAAUAAAUGUAUUAUAAAUA